AAGUAUGUGAGGGGCACUGUGAUUUUAGAAAGAGUUUGUUAAGCGCGAGCUGUCACACGGGGCAGCGAUUCGGGGACUUCGGAGCAUCGCGCGAUGUGUUUGUCUGACGUGAAUAACGGGUGUGAUUUGACAACUGAAACGCCUUGAACGCGGAAAGCAUUCCGAUGCUAUGACAGUCGCUUCUCUUAAGGUAUUUCGUAUACCUUUAUUUUAACACUAUAGCCUGCAUUCUUGUUUGUUGUUAUCCGGAUACAGCUCUUUGCAACAAGUGGAAUUUUGCUGUGCAGACCGCGAUCCAUCUGUCAUGGAGGAGCAAAACGAUCAAAACAGUCGUGAUUCGACUGAAUCUGAGAGCGUCUCGCUCUCACCCAAUAUACCAUCCCCUCCGAUUUUACCUCACCAGGCUGCGCAGCAAGCACACAGAACCACGAACUUUUUCAUCGACAAUAUUCUAAGGCCAGACUUUGGCUGCAAGAAAGAUCUUGGGAGUAGGGACCGGGCACAAACCUCGGGCAGAGAGAAUGUUAACCCUAUGGUGAUAAGGCCGUCGCAUAAUAGCAGCCUUUGCCAGGAUUCAAACUGCAGUAGUGACAGCUCUUCUUCAUCCUCGUCUUCUUCGCCAUCUUCAAAGCAGACCUCUGCAAAGCUUGUCGAAGGAAAUGGAACUACCACAGCAAGGUACGGGGAGAAUACGACGUCGAUAAUGGUGGUGAACUCUAACGGGGGAACUUCGCAAGUAAAAGAAUCGCAGCCUAAUUUACUAUGGCCUGCGUGGGUUUACUGCACCAGGUACUCGGACAGACCUUCAUCUGUUUCUACACUAGGCCCAAGGACACGAAAAUUGAAAAAGAAGAAAAGCGAGAAGGAAGACAAGCGACCGAGAACCGCUUUCACGGCUGAACAGCUGCAGAGACUUAAAGCCGAGUUUCAGGCGAAUCGGUACAUUACGGAGCAGCGGAGACAGUCGCUGGCCCAGGAACUCAACCUCAAUGAGUCGCAAAUAAAAAUCUGGUUCCAAAAUAAGAGGGCCAAAAUCAAAAAGGCCACUGGCUAUAAGAACGGCCUCGCUCUUCAGCUCAUGGCUCAAGGACUCUAUAACCAUUCCACUACAACAGUUCAAGAAGAUAAAGACGAUAGCGAAUAAAAUGGCCUGGUUUCACUCCUAACAAGGCCAUGGACGCUGACCCCAACAAAAGGGAUUUUUCAUAUUUUUUAUGAAUCAUAUGAAAAGGAAAUGUCUCCGAAUUCUGCGAAACGAAGAUGAGAUAUUUAAUAGAUUUCUGUUUAUCAUACAGUAUAUGGACAUGCGUCUAAAUAUGAAGAUUAUAAAAAUUUAUAUAUAUAGCCAGAACUGUAAGAUGUGUAUAUUUAAUUCCAGGUAAGGGGAUGUCUGUAUUAUUCCUUACUUGCUGAACAUUUCUAACGUUUUUUCUCCUUUCCCAAUGUGGUUGCUCACCGUUCCAGUAGGCCUAAGUGUCAGGCUUGUUAGUUUUUUCUUUUUUAUUUAUAGUUAUAGUCUUUUAAACCCCUUAUCUCACAGUUCUUCAAAUGCGUGACUGAACCAACGCUUCAAGCCAAAGAUUUUAAUAUGUUCAGAUUAUGUUGUCUGAAAUAAAAAAAGUAGAAUGUGCCAUUGUUUUUUUUUUUUUUUUUUUUUUUGUAGUCUACAAAAUCUAAACAUAAUUACAGGAUUUGUAGUUAUCUGAACGCUACGAUGACUUGUCUUUCUCCCAAACUCCUGUUUUUUUUUUUAUUGUUUUUUGUUUAAUAAAUGUACAAAACGAUGCUUUUCUACACUACUCUGAAUUUCUAACCGUGGCAAUGGGUUGUGGUUAAACUGCAAUCAUAAUGUUUUACCCUACAGCUUAUAAAUGCACUACUGCCAUUUGUUUUUAUUGAUUUAUUUUUUUAUGAUGGGAGAAAUUCUUCAGAAGUGAGCCUGUUUUAAGGUUUACAAUCUUUCGAAUUGGUCUUUUCAUAAAUAGGUUCUCACAUAGCCCUAUCUACUUUUUUUCCAUUACUAUUUUUUCCCUCAUUAUUCUAUUUCGCUCAUUUUAAGUUGUAAAUGUAAUUUUUAUACACCGUUAAGUAUAAAAUAUUAAAAACAAAUGUUAAAUUGAUAUUAAUAUGCGAUGUGUUUGAGCUUGGUUGGCAGUAAUAGUUAUCCCCCAAACAUACACAAAAUAACCUUUGUUAUCAUUUAUUAUUAUCAUGAUUAUUAUUGGACUUCCAUAUGUAUGAUGACAGGUAUUGACUUAAAGCUAAAUUCUGUGGUCUAUAAGGUAGGCUAAUUGUGCUCUUAGUAUUUGCCAGGGUUAAUUAGACUUUAGACGAGGCAAUAUCUGAUUAAUUUCCCCUAUGCUGAACGGCAUUUUUAGGCAUUUAUUAUUAUGUUUAUUUUUUCAUGUAAUUUCCCACGAUUCGGUGCAUCAGAAUUAAUGCAUCAGAAAUAAUUUUAACGAACUGUCUAACUGUUGUUUUCCAAUCAUAAAUAUAGUUUUUCAAUGUUGCCGUCAUAGGUGAUUUUGGUGCCAGGACAACAUCAGUGCAGAAAAGCGCUCGGCUUUUGGCUGUGUAUAGCUGUGUUUUUGCGAGGCAGUGUGCAGGAGUCUGUCUCAAAGAACAGAUUGAGGAAACUCUCCCAACGAGGUUAAAAGGUCAAG